AUGGUAAGAUUCUUAAAUUUGAUUAAACCUGUUAUGUUUUUAUUGCCUGAAGUGCAAUCUCCAGAUAGAAAAUUACCAUUUAAGGAAAAAUUAUUAUGGACAGCUGUAUCACUAUUUGUAUUUUUAAUAUGUUGUCAAAUACCUUUAUAUGGAAUUGUUACUAGUAAAUCAAGUGACCCGUUUUAUUGGAUGCGUGUGAUUUUAGCAUCGAAUAGGGGAACAUUAAUGGAGUUAGGUAUAUCACCAAUUGUUACAAGUGGAAUGGUUAUGCAACUUUUAGCAGGUUCAAAAAUUAUUGAUGUAGAUCAAAGUUUAAAGGAAGACAGAACGUUAUUUCAAGGAGCACAAAAAUUAUUAGGAUUAUUGAUAACUUUAGGAGAAGCUAUUGCUUAUGUUAUCAGUGGUAUUUACGGUAAUAUAUCCGAAAUUGGUACAGGACAUGCUAUUAUUAUAAUACUCCAAUUAUUUUUUGCUGGUGUAGUUGUAAUUUUAUUAGACGAAUUAUUGCAGAAGGGAUAUGGAUUAGGAUCUGGGAUUUCUUUGUUUAUUGCAACUAAUAUUUGUGAAACUAUUAUGUGGAAAUCAUUUAGUCCAACAACCAUCAAUACAGACAAAGGAAUAGAAUUUGAAGGGGCUAUUAUUUCCUUAAUAUAUUGUUUAUUUACCGAAUCCAAUAAAAUAUCAGCUUUAAAAAAAGCCUUUUAUAGAACACAUGCUCCUAACGUCACGAAUUUAUUGGCAACUAUUUUAGUUUUCUUAAUAGUUAUUUAUUUACAAGGUUUUAGAGUAGAUUUAUCAGUUAAAUAUCAAAGCGUAAGAGGACAACAAGGAACUUAUCCUAUUAAAUUAUUUUAUACUAGUAAUAUUCCAAUUAUAUUACAAACAGCUUUAGUAUCUAAUUUAUAUUUUUUUUCACAAAUAUUAUAUAAAAGAUUUAAAAAUAGUAUACUAGUAAAUUUAUUGGGACAGUGGCAAGAAAUUGAAUCUAGUGGUACUUCUAUACCAAUUGGAGGAAUAGCAUACUAUAUAUCUCCUCCAAAUUCAUUUGCUGAUAUAACAAAUGACCCAUUUCAUACAUUAGUAUAUAUAUCUUUUGUGCUUGUUGCUUGUGCAUUUUUUUCUAAAACAUGGAUUGAAGUAUCAGGAAGUUCAGCUAAGGAUGUAGCAAAGCAAUUAAGAGAUCAACAAAUUGGAAUGAGAGGUUUUAGAGAUACUCCUACAUCAUUAACACGAGUAUUUAAUAGAUAUAUUCCGACAGCAGCUGCAUUCGGAGGUAUGUGUAUUGGUGCUUUAACAAUUUUAGCUGAUUUUCUUGGUGCUUUAGGAAGUGGUACAGGUAUAUUGCUAGCUGUCACAAUUAUAUAUCAAUUUUAUGAAAUGUUAGUAAAAGAACAAGAAAAAGCAACAUCACUAUUUUAA